AUGAACCAUCAUCAGUCUCUCUGGUUUCUGCUCUCGGUGUGUGUGUGCUGGCUGGGCCCUGUGUGUUCUUGGCAUGACCUGGACAACAGUGAGUACGACUGCUGGCCUCUGGACCGUCCCAACCAAUACAACAUGAUCGAGUGUGGAGGUCUGGAGAUGGCGUGGGUCGUCCGUCCUCCAGAGUCGGUGAAGAGCGGGGAGGUGUUCAGCGUCACAUACUCGGUCACGGCUCAGGACUCCUUCUACCAGUGGGCCGUCCAGAACCACAUCUUCACUCACAGCUCCAUCCCUGAUGCUGAAGCAGCUCGGAGGUUCUGUGAGGACCAGGACUGUCCCAUCAGCUGGAAAGACGCCAACGGGGAGAACUGCUGCAUCCAUCACGCCAAUAUCCACUCCUGUCCCCUGGGCUACAUGACCACCGAGAGCAUCUGUGGUCCCUGGAUCCCGGACGACGGGAAGAUCUUCACCCACACCAUCUCCACCUCGGGCAAGAUGAGCCAGACCAACUGGACGGCCAAGGUGGUUCUGGUCCACGCUGGUCUGACCUCUCUCAUCGCCCACAUACGAGUGGGUCACAUGCAAGUGGCCCUGGAGGCAAAGAGCACCGUGCUGCCAGCCGUGGUUUGUGGUGAUGGGGUCUGUGAGGGGGCGGAGCUUUGUUCCACGUGUCCAGCUGACUGUGGCCAGUGUCCAAUGACAACCGGCUCCAAGUUGUCAAUCAGCCUCCCCCUCAGCCUCCUCUGCCUCACCUUCAUCCUCACUGUGCUGUGGCUGAGGUACCAGAAACAGAAGCUGUUGUGGGAUGAGAGCUGGAUCAUCGACUUCUCGUCCAUUAAACAAGACCAGGAGGCCCGUGUGACCAUGGGCAGCAUCAUGAGUGUCCCCGUGGGGAACAGUGACAGUAACACAAGUUGUGUGACAGCUCUAAGCUCCUGGACAGGACAACCGGGAUCCAGGAGGACCCCCUUCACCUGCACCGGCAUCUAUGACGGGAGGACUGUGUCCAUCAAGAUGAUCCAGACCAAGACCUUCUCCCUGUCCAAGACCAUUAGACAGGAGGUCAAACAAGUCAGAGAGCUGGACCAUCCAAAUCUCUGUAAGUUCAUUGGUGGUUGUGUGGAGGUUCCUAACGUUGCCAUAGUAACAGAGUACUGCCCUAAAGGAAGCCUCAACGAUGUCCUCCUUAACGAGGAGAUCCCUCUGAACUGGGGCUUCAGGUUCUCCUUUGCCACAGACAUAGCCAGGGGGAUGUCAUACCUCCACCAACAUAAGAUCUGUCAUGGCCGACUCAAGUCUAUGAACUGUGUGUUAGACGACCGCUGGGUUUGUAAGAUCACAGAUUACGGCCUGAGGAUGUACCGCAGGGACGAUGCUGCUGAGCCCCUGUCCCCCUAUCAGCAGAGACUCCUGGAGGUCUACAUGCCCCCUGAGUUUCAGAACUCCAACAUGGAGCCCACGCUGGCUGGAGACGUCUUCAGUUACUCCAUCAUCCUGCUGGAGGUAGCCACUCGUAGUAACCCCGUCCCAGCUGAUGAGUCUAACCUGGACUGUGCGUGGUGUCCUCCUCUACCUGAGCUCAUCUCCAGUAAAGCUGACACCACCUGUCCCUGUCCAGCUGACUACGUAGAGCUCAUUCGUCGAUGUCGCUCCCAAAACCCCGCCCACCGACCCACCUUUGAGCAAAUCAGGAAGUUUGUUCACCGCAUCAACCCAGUCAAAGUCAGCCCGGUGGAUAUGAUGAUGAACCUGAUGGAGAAGUACAGUAAACAUCUGGAGGUGUUGGUCGCUGAGAGGACACAAGAUCUGACCCACGAGAAACAGAAAACUGACCGACUGCUCUACAGUAUGCUUCCUAAGCAGGUGGCUGAUGACCUUCGCCAGGGGAAACCGCUACAGGCUCAGAGCUACGUCAGCGCCACCAUCUUCUUCAGUGACAUCGUGGGCUUCACCCAGCUGUCCAGUAGCAGCACCCCCUAUCAGGUUGUGGAUUUCCUCAACAAGCUCUACACCACGUUUGACGACAUCAUCGACAACCAUGAUGUCUACAAGGUGGAGACAAUCGGAGACGCCUACAUGGUGGUGUCCGGCGUCCCCCGUGAGAACGGGAUCCUCCACGCCUCCGAGAUCGCCAACAUGGCUCUGGACCUGGUUGGGGUCUGCCGCAGCUUCAGGAUCCCCCACAAACCCAACUACCCGCUACAGAUACGAGCAGGGAUCCACUCAGGUCCAGUGGUGGCUGGAGUGGUGGGGACCAAGAUGCCUCGGUACUGUCUGUUUGGAGACACCGUCAACACCGCAUCCAGGAUGGAGUCCACCAGCCUGGCUCUGAAGAUCCAAUGUAGUUCCAGUACUUUUUUCCUCCUGGAGGAGAUCGGAGGCUACGUGUUGCAGUGCAGGGGGACGCUGGAGGUCAAGGGGAAGGGGGACAUGGUGACGUACUGGUUGGAGGGACAAAAGACCUCUUUCGUCUCCAGGGACGUCCACCCCAGCAGACGCGUUGCCAUGGAGACAGAGAAGGGCCGAGAGGCAGGGUUAGAGAACGAGGACCUUCUCCUGGACACGUCCUGAUCACCGUCCUUUUCAUCUCAUUGUGUAGUUCCUCAUGGUUGUAGAGAUCAUGCUUUAUGUUUGUGUGUAUUUAAAAUAUUAACAGAUAAUACCAGACGACACGUAAAACUAAAUUCUCCCAAACAGGUUUUAUCUGUAAGAGGAACACACUGGAACAAGUUACUACCACACAUCCAGAACUAGGGCUGGGUGUAUCGAUCUAAAUAUCAGUAGUAUCGAUACCAAGGCCAGUAUCGGUAUUGGAUCGAUACUAGCGUGAUGGGAUCGAUACUUUUGUUCCAGUUUGUUUUCUAUACGUCCAGUAAAUUACUCCUCACAUAUUUCAUAGAGCUUCUCUCAAAUCUGUGGAGCUUCUCCAUCCUCACCUGUAUUAAAAGGUGGAUAUGGACAGAGUUUGAUACUCAAAUCCUAGUAUCACAGCAGCAUCGCACAGCUGGCACUGAUGCCAUUAUUGAAAUGCGUUGAUACUUGGAAGAGAUGACAACUACACGGGAUACAGACUCACUUCUGUGGUGAAAAAAUA